UUAGUAGUUAUUAGUCCUAGAAUUAAGAAGUUUGUUAGCGAUUGUUUUAAUAUGGUCUGGAUGUUGUGAUUAAGUGCUGAUGAACAAUCACGGUUUCAGUUUUGUUUCAAUUCUUAUUUUUUUGACGACGAUAAUAUUUUACAUGCUGUUAGUUCACCAGAUUAAACAAAUCGUCUGCUCCUGAAAUUUGAAUGUAAAUUGGACUAAUUACCCCUGUCACAAUUUUUACACCUGAAUAUCUAAAUGUACUUGAUGUAAAUUGCACACCAGCAUGGAACAAAUUCAUAGACAGGAAAACACUGUAGACCUGUAUAAUUAGCAGAAACAACUUACUUUCUUUUUCUAUGAUUGAGUAUAAAAAUUCUCAGAACCGCUUCAGGACGACACUAUGCAGUACUCUACUCUCUCUUUGAAUUGGGUUGUUGCUGAAACAUAAGCAGAAAUGGUGGUCACAUGGAAAUGGAAUUGAACAGGUUGAUGAACCGUUAAGUAAAGUUAUAAUAGAAGGAGCUGUAAACUGAGAACGGAUACAUCAGGAAAUCAACUUUCAGGCUGUCUAGUAACUUAUUCCCUACUAAACGCAGACUCAGUCAUCUAUCUGUUUGGAAUUUCCUAUUCACAAUAACUGCAAUGCAUAGUAGGGUAUAUAGGAAACCCUCUGUGAUGUCUGGAGCAUUGAGUGUCCAGAGUGGGGCCAACUUUUCCAGUGGGAUACGGGUGGGAAAGAGGAGAAGCUCUGCUUUGUCAGACCUGUUAUUCCAGUAUGACAAGGUAUCAUUCUUUCGUCUGAGGUGCCUGUCUGGGACAAGUCUGCUGAUGUCUGUCAUUCGUACACUGUCAGCAAGUGAGGACCAACAACAGCGAGAAGUAGAGAAAGCAAAGAUUGAAAAGGCCUACAGGGAGUGUGAUCAAAAACUGGACACUCUUAUUAAUGACAAUUAUGAAACCUUGACAAAGACCAUCCAAUCAUACAGUAGUAUAUCAGCUCGCAUUAAGUCCUCUCGUGAGAAAAUGCGUCAGGUGAAGGAGGACCUGACGUCGUGUAAAGAACUUCUGCACUGCAAGCGUGAUGAAUUGAGAAGACUUUGGUUGGAGGGAGUUGAACAGAAACGCAUACUUUCCAUGUUGGAUAAUCUGGAAAAAGUAAAGAAUGCACCACAGAAAUUAGAUUCCUUUAUUUCAAGGAAGUAUUAUCUACAUGCAACAGAACUUGUUACAGAAACUGUUGCAUCAUUGGAAGGUGAACUUGCAGGUGUUGAAGCUUUGAGAGACUUACGGAUAGAGAUGCAAGACAAGAAAGAAGAACUACAUCAUUCAUUGAUAAAUGAGCUCCAUAACCAUCUGUAUGUAAAGAGCGCCACCAACUUCCAUGCAGGUCUUCAGCGUGGAAGUUCAAUGCGUGUGUCAGGUGAAUUUGUGUCAUCGCCUGCCCUGCCUCACAAGCCAACUCUUAAGCAAGUAACUCAUGGAAGUAAACGUUUUAAGAAGCUUCAACUGCGAAACCGAGGUUUGGAAGUGCCAUCAACAGUAGAUGAUGAUAAGAUCACUGAGGACUUGAACUCCAAUCCUGAAGAAGACAGUGAACAUUUCAUGUCAGUGUUGAUAGAGUCACUGGCAUUAUUGAAGAAGAUUCCAGAUACAGUGGAGGAAAUAAAAUCGCGGAUGAACCAUGAACUGGCAAAUAUUGUCCAGAGGGCUACAACUGAAGUCGCUGAAAAAUUUUUCCUUUCACAAUACCCUUUUAGGAGUGCUAAACAAAGAGGAGAGAGUAUAGUGUUGAUGAACCAACCUAAGUUACUCCUUGAGCUACUGGAGCUGCUGUUUGAUCGGUUCCACUCUGUAGCAGUAGCCCACAUGUCAAUCCUAGGAUCCAUUAACAGACUCAAGGCUGGAUUCUCUGACAAUGAGAUGUACACAAUGGAUGAUAUUUGGUCACAGAUUCAAUCAGUGCUUCAGUUACAUCUCAGUAGCUACCUGGACAUGAAGAAUGCCACAGUAGACAACCAGGUUGCAGAUACAUUCUCAGAAAACACAACUAGCGAUAUUGGUAUGUUUUUUGCCAAGAGGAAAAUGAUGCGACCUAAACGACAAGUUCUGUUUCGGUUUGAAUCCUCGUCUCACGCCAUCAGCAUGAAUAACUACAUGCGUGAGCAGAAGAGAGAGUUUUAUGGGGCGGAUGGUAACGUGAAAGUGGAGGAGGACUGUGAGCAGAUGCAGAUGGUUUGCAAGCCCAGUGUUAAGAAUGUCAUUCAGGUUUACAGACCCCUUAGCCAGUUUAUCCACGACAUUGAAGCAGCUAUGAACUUAGACAGUGGGGGUCAGUGCAGUUUACGUAUCUUUGUCAGUGACUACAUUCAUCAUAUCUUCCUGAGCCACAUGCAGCAGGAAAUUGACAAGAAUAUUCAGACGGCAACCAGAGGAGGGGAUUCUGAUAAAGCACUCACAGACUUCACAACUCAGAAGGCAGUAGGUGCCGCGCAACCUUUGCUGCAGACGACGGUUGCCAUGGAGAAGGCAGUCUCAGAAUUAAAGGACAUGAUGACUUAUCUGCCAGACUAUGCUGAUCAGUUCCUCAACAUGAUCUGCAAGAUCCUCAAGGAAUAUAAAGACACUUGUCAUGCGAUGUAUAGAGGUAUUGUGCAACCAGAAACAGAGGAGAAGCGAAUGGUUAGUGCCACUUGGGUGAAAGACGAAGAUAUCAGCCGAUGUUUACGAUCACUGCCAAACUGGAUAAACUUACAAGAAUAUCGAAGGAAGGAUGUUAGAGAUAGUGAUGUGGAGACAAUUGAAGAUGUUAGAGAAAGAAAUGAAAAGGAGUCUGAUUUACUUGUCACAAACCUUGGAGACAAAUUACUGCAGCAGCAUGAAGUGCUACUUGAUGUCAGUGACCUCAGGCUUCUGGCUAAUCUACAUGAAAGUCUUGAAUGGUUUUCUGAAAGGAUACGAUCAUUUGCAGGUAGACUGCCCUCAAGUGGUGAAAACACAUUGGCAACAUCUGGAAUAGCUCCACUGGAGAUACCAGAGGUUGAUGGUAUAAACCUACAGAAUCUGAUAAGCCAGGCUAAGGAAUUCCAGGACAUGGCCCAGAUGUGUCUGCUAGUACUUCAUCUUGAAGUUCGACUUCAUUGCUUUUACUUUUUGAUUCCAGUUGUUAAACAGUCUAGUUACCACACCAGUGUGGACAGUGUAGAUCCUGACCAGAAUGUUGUUACGUUAAACAAGGAUCUAACGAGUAUUGAGGAGGCCCUGGUGGUGGCGCUGCAGUCUCACAAGUUCAAAUACAUCUUCGAGGGCCUUGGUCACCUGAUUUCAUUCAUUCUCAUUAAUGGUACCCAGUACAUCAAGAGGAUUAAUGAUAAUGGCAUAAAAAAGAUGAUCCGUAACAUCUUUGUACUUCAACUAAGCUUGACCAACAUUACAAUGUCUCGGGAAGCAGAUCUAGAACGUGCAAAACAGUACUACGAGUUAAUGUAUAAAUCAAGUGAUGAUAUUUUAAAUGGAAUUGUAGAACAAGGAGCUGUGUAUACAGAGUUAGAAUACCGUAAUGCUGUCAAUCUGCUAAACCGCAGCAACCCAGGAACAGACUCAAACCAACUCAAUAGACGAUUACAACGCCUUCAGGAAAUACUCUUGGAGGCUGUCUAAGCCUAGAAAAUAUAUAUUUGCAAUUAAUAAUAAAUAAUACUCAAUUGGGAAAGUGUGCUGAGUGGAGACCACAUUAGUGGUCAGUGAAACACAGUUUGAUGCAGCUAAGUGUGAGCACUCAAUGCAGCCCUUGUUGAGCAGGCCGUGUAGCUUUGGCUGCCAAUGCAGCCCAGUUUUAUCUUGUUGAUGGACCCAAACUUGAGCUGUUAUGGCAGCCCAGUUACAUACUGUAGAUAGCUGGUGGGGCUGUGGUGUGGUGGUUAAAAUGUUGCUUACAGCUUCAGGUCCUGGGUUCAAAUCCUAUCAAAAUUAGUAUUUUUUUCUAAAGACUGAAAACUAUUCCGCACCCUACAGUCUUAUGAAACUAUAGAGCAUCAUUUCCAGCCUGUAACUCACUCACUUUUGGAUGAGAAAUACAAAUGAACAAAAUGCAUAAUUAAUACUACACAAUAAUUAUUAUUGUUAUUACUGUAUUUUUUUUUUCUAUUAUUAACUUAAUAAACAUAUUAAAUGCUUUAAAGUUUUAAAAGAUUAUAGAUUAUAUUUUAUUUGAUACUCUUCAUUUUAAUAAACCAUGAAUAUCAAAAUGUCUACCCCUUUGUUUAUAGUAAUGUAAUAAUAUAUUUAUUUCCUCCAAUGUACAAAAUACAUAACAGUAAAUGUAUAUAACAACUAAUAAUACAACAAAAUAAAACUACUGGGA